AUGCGAGCGGCGAGCAGCUCCCGUGGUCGGCCAAGUUCAUCUGAUAUCAGCCGCCCUGAUGAUCUCACCGAUACAGACCAAUCAUCCAUGAAUACCGGUUCGGACGACUCAGAUAACGACGAAGCCAUCGACGAACACACAGCAGGCAAUCCUUUGGAAGAGUGUUUCUACAACUACUUCUAUCUUGGCUUUGACAUCCUCCUCUCCCUACCAACCCAACCAUCAGCUGUACCCCCCGGAGACGACACCAACGAAGACCCAGCAGAAAACCCAACCAAACAUCAUCACCCUGACCGUCUUGUCGCGACCAAAGUUGUCCUCCACGGCAACGUGCCUGGAUCCUACGAAUUCAACCGCCAUCGUCGCUGCCGCUGGGAAAUAGCGUACCUUGACGAUUUUACGUCCGAAACAGAGUUCAAAUACGUCGAAGAGGGCAUGAACUCUAAAUGGAAGGGUGCAUACUCGCCAGGGAAAGUGCCACAAAGACAGAGGGGAAUGGUGCUGAAUCGUGGAUGGGGCGAUAGCCCGGGGAGCAGCUGCGAGUUUUUGGGAGGUUGGGAAGAGAGUGGUGCGAAGAGGGCUGAAGCAAACGGGGAUUCGACGACGACGUUAUAUGGGUUUCCGGGAAUGGUAUUCGAGGUGUUGAGGAACGAUUAUGUUAAUACCGUGACGAUAUUUUAA